CGACAGCCGCGCGCAACGCGAGACUCCAGAAAAAAAAGGUUAUAGAUAGCCUCCUGCCACUCCGUCGCCAGGCAAAACACCAUCACCGUACAAUCUCACAUAUAUAAUCCAUCUUACUUUUGUCGCUGCAUCCGAAUAAGCCCUGUACCACCAUCGAAGCUCAUACAGGGUACCCCUAACUGGACGUCCUGAAAGCUUCUCCAAAAUGGAGAGCUUCGAUAACAUCUACCUCGACCUCUCCAAGCAGCCCGGAAAGUGCAAGCUUGCAGAAAGUGGUCUGGGAUGGAAACCUUCUGGUGCAGGCGAGACUUUCACCCUUGAUAGCAGCAAUAUCGGUGCGGCUCAAUGGAGUCGAGCAGCAAAGGGAUUCGAGCUGAAAAUUCUGUCGCGCUCAUCGGGCGUCAUCCAACUCGACGGAUUCGAUCAAGAGGACUACGAACGAUUGAGCAAGGCCUUUAGGAUUUGGUACGGCAUAAACGUGGACAGCAGGGAGCAUGCCCUUCGAGGCUGGAACUGGGGCAAGGCAGAAUUCACUAAGGCUGAGCUAUCUUUCAACGUCCAAAACCGGCCUGCGUUUGAAGUUCCUUAUUCCGAAAUCUCCAACACCAACCUGGCGGGAAAGAAUGAAGUCGCUGUUGAAUUCGCCCUGAACGCCGAUGGCUCCGAUGCAAAUGCCCAGUCUGCAGGUAGCACCAAGAACCGUGGUCGGAAGGCCGCUUCGGGUCCCGAUGAAUUGGUCGAGAUGCGCUUUUACAUUCCCGGAACGGUAUUGAAGACAGAGAAGGGAAUCAAAGAGGAGGAUGGAGAAGAAGAAAAUGGGGAAGAAGGAGAAGAAGCGGAGGGCGAAGAACAGAACGCAGCCAAUCUUUUCUACGAGAUGCUUAUGGACAAGGCAGAGAUUGGAGAUGUGGCUGGCGAUACAUUCGCUACUUUCUUGGAUGUUCUUCAUCUUACGCCCAGAGGUCGUUUCGAUAUCGACAUGUACGAGUCUUCGUUCCGGCUACGCGGCAAAACAUACGAUUACAAGAUUCAGUACUCUUCUAUCAAGAAGUUCUUCUUGCUUCCUAAGAAUGACGACACACACACACUCAUUGUUCUCGGACUCGACCCCCCUCUGCGACAGGGUCAGACUCGGUAUCCAUUCCUGGUUAUGCAGUUGAAGCUUGAUGAAGAAAUCAGCUUGGAGGUCAACAUGACAGAUGAAUUGAUGGAAACUCGCUACAAGGAUAAGCUGGAGCCCCGUUAUGAGGAGCCGAUCCACCAGGUCGUAACGAAGAUCUUCCGCGGCCUUUCAGGCAAGAAGGUCAUCAUGCCAUCGAAAGACUUUGUCAGCCAUCACGGUCACAGCGGAGUCAAAUGCUCAAUCAAGGCCAACGAAGGUCUUCUAUACUUCUUGGAUAAGAGCUUGAUCUUCGUCCCGAAGCCUGCCACGUAUAUUCAGGUCGAGAAUAUCGCCAUCAUUACAAUGUCCCGUGUCGGUGGUGCUGUGUCAGCCAGUAGAACUUUUGACAUCACCGUUAGCCUGAAGGCUGGACUAGGAGAACAUCAAUUUAGUAACAUUAACCGUGAGGAGCAACAACCUCUUGAGGAAUUCUUCAAAGCGAAGAACAUUCGAUUCAAGAAUGAGAUGUCGGACGAUGCCUCGACCCUUCUUGCUGCCGCCCUUAACAACGAAGACAUGGGCUCUAGCGACGAUGAGGGUGUACGCGCUGAUAGGGGUUCAGCGGAUGAGGAUGAAGAAUCUAUUGAUGAAGACUUCAUGGCAGAAUCUGAAUCGGAUGUUGCGGAAGAAUACGACUCGGCCCACGAAAGCAGUGGCAGUGGUAGCGACGCCGAAAUGGGUGAUGCUUCUGACGGGGGCGACGAUGACGACGGAGAUGCGGACAUGUCUGAAGCCGAGCGGCCGAAGAAAAAGUCGAAGACUGGGAAAUAAAAUGCCUUAAAAAAUUCCUUAGCUAGGGGAAAGGAAGCUUGCGCCAUCUCCGACAUAAUAGUUAUGGUUGUAUAAUGAAUAAGACUCGGACCAACGUGAUAUCAUUGGGUUUUCUCACAUAGUGAUAAUCCGUGUAACGACAUUCCACUUCAUGUUUCCUCCACGUUUGGGUUCUCACUCUGCUCAUUUUAUUUUGAAAGCUUCUAAGAUAUUUGUUUUUCUUCCAAAAAAUCUCUAAUAUGCCUCUAAUCAUUGGCCUGAUGGUUUGCUACCGGCGAACAUGCAGCCGGGAAAAAACCCAGACAACCCUCGGGCAUUCUGACGCAUCAUAUGAUGGACACGUCAGUUGAAUUGACUUUGCUAUUGACAGCACUAUCGAGCCCCGCCUGCAUUUGCAUCCUUCAUUCUGGCGUCGUUAGCGGACUCCUGUUGACCUAAUAUGCAUAUACGGUGUUGGUAGGGUUGAAGAUCAGAUCAUGGGAAUUGAAAGAGCGAAAAAAAA